AUGCCAUCACCGAUCCAACCAACCGGUGCCGAUCUUCCUGUGCCGCCACUGCCACCGACCGACAGAGCCGAUGCCGGCGAUAGGAGCGCGAAUGGACUUCCGAUGCCGAUGCGGUGCAAUCAUCGAAUUAGAGAGCCCGAAACCAUAGAUGUCGAUGCUCCACCUGGAUUUUGUGCCCCUGGGGACCCUAAUCCACCUCCUCCUAGUCCUAGUAGUGCUAACCCUAACCCACCUAAACUUGCAGCACCAAUUGGACUUGGUGCAUCACUGCCCCCACUAUCACCUAAACAAGGUGGUAAGGACCCAUCUAUAAAAAAUGGUACUUCGGGCAUGUUGCAACACAUGAAGGUGUGUAAGAAGUGGCCUUUUCCUCGUGAUGAUAAGCAAAAAACUUUGCCUUUCCAAGCUAAGAGGGAAGGGGAAAGUGGAUCAAAUGUGUUAGUGGUUGCAAACUAUAGUGAAGAGAGGAUAAGGUUAGUGUUGGCCAGGAUGAUCAUUAUUGACGAAUUACCUUUUAAAUUUGUAGAGCGUCAAGGCUUUCAAAAAUUUAUGGAAAUAGUUGAGCCUAAGUUUCUUAUUCCCCAUCGCACUACCAUUGCAAGGGCUUGUAUAAAGAUUUAUUCUAGUGAGGUGGAUAUUUUGAGAAAGGCUUUUGUUGGGCAACAGGUUUGUGUGACAACGAAUACUUGGACGUCCAUACAAAACUUGAACUAUGUGGUAGUCAUUGCACACUUCAUUGAUGGGAAUUGGACUUACCAAAAGAAAAUCUUGAACUUCUGCCCUAUAGCUAAUCACAAAGGGGACACCAUAGGUAGAGUGGUUGAGUCAUGUUUGUUGAAAUGGGGUAUAGACCGAUUGUUUACAAUUAUGGCGAACAAUGCUAGCUCUAAUGAUGUGGCAAUUGGUUAUUCCAUUCAUGAAUCAAUUGCCAAGGUUCGGAAUGCGGUGCAAUAUGUGAGAGCCUCUCUUGCAAGGUUUGAGAAGUUUCAAGAAUGUAAUGAAAAUGAGAAAAUCAAAGCCAAAUGUUUGUUGUCCCUUGAUGUGCCAACAAGGUGGAAUUCCACUUAUCUCAUGUUAGAUUGUGCUUUGAAAUUUUUGAGAGCAUUUAAUAGGUUGGAAGAGGAGGAUGGGCAUUACAAACUUUAUUUUUGUGAAGCGGAUGGGAAUGAGAAAAAGCCCAUUGGUCCUCUUAACUAUCUUGAUUGGGAAAAUGUCAAGACCUUUAAGAAAUUUCUUGGCAUAUUUUAUGAGAUGACACUUAGAUUUUCUGGGUCCUUGUUUGUCACUUCUAAUACAUACUUCCAUGAGCUAAUUAGCAUUGAAGAUCAAUUGCAACAUUUGUGUAGUGUUGAUGGGGAUCCACUUUUGAGAAGUAUAGUGGUAGAGAUGAAAAAAAACAUGAUAAGUAUUGGGGAAGUAUAG